AAGAUUUUGGGGUGAAGUGUGACCUGAAUAUGUUCUCUUUCCAGGCUCUUCUUCAGAUUAUACUCAAGUGUUUUAGACUCAUUGGUGCUGUGGUUGAGCCCUUCUCUAGAUCCUUGUGCACAUAAUUCAUCUACAGCAGAGUGUGUUCAUAUUGUUAUGCCAUUUCAUACAUAUUUCUGUCUAUAGUGUGCCGUCUAGGGUUAUAAUGACAUUGAAACGUUUUGAACCAAACAUGUGGUUUUCUAGCCUGUCUAGCUGCAUUCAGUGUAAUGGUGGUGAGAAGUGAAGAGGCCGAUAAUGGAAUACGAGUGUUUGAUUCUAACAGCAAUCCUGUUGGAGUCUCAAAGGCAGCUGGUUCUAAGGCCAUAAAAGAAACAGCCCUCUCAAGAGCGACUCUCUUUGGCACCAUUGCAGCUUUUCCACCUUUACUGCUGGCUCUCCUUAAAAGGGUGACAUUUGUCCAGAGGAACCCAAUGAUAAUCGCUCCUGUUCGGCACAUCAGUACUGCCAUUAUCUUUGGCCUGAUGAUUCCUGUAUCCUUCAGUCUUUUUCCACAGUUUGGCAAGAUAAAGAAGAAGCGUUUAAAGGGAGGAGUUUCAGUCACUUGACGGUAACUGAACUGUUUUACCACAGAGGACUGUAAUGUUGCCAUUGCCAACUUUCAUAUUUGACUGUGAAUUUUAUUGCAGACCUUGCUGACAUUAAACUAAAUUAGUAUACUAAAA